UUCCACCGCUAGAGGGCACGGCGAGCGGAGGGGGAUAAGCAAGAGGACAAACAAAGGGACAAGCUCUCUCUCUCUCUCAGGUGUUCCCGUUUCUCGUCCUGUUCCUGCAUGCGUCUUCCCACCCCUACGUAAGCCACCUCACUCUCUACUAACCAAGGACAGAACUCUCAGACGCUUUCGGCUCCCACAACAAGCAUUUCCAAAGGCCACAAAGGGAGUCACUUAGGUUUUCAUGAGUGCUUUUCAUAUUCACGGUGCAGAAGCCUUGCUGGUAAGCCAAUUCUUGCCAAAAUCCUUCUUGAAUCUGAUUUUAUCCAACUUUAACCCAUUACUACGUGUCCUACCUGGAUCUCUUACCAUCAAGACAUUUUUACCGAGAGAGCUCGGACACCCGUUCACGCCUCAGACGCAUCACGAACCUUUUUUUUAUACAGCUACACACACAGAAUGGUCCUGUACAACAUCCAGUUCACCAGCCAGCCAGUGCAGCCUUCCGAGCAGGCCCAGCGGGUCGCUCGCAGCCGUGCCGCUGCGGCGCGGCGAGAGCGAGCUCUGGCCCGCCGCCACGCCCGGAGGCUGCGCCACGAGACCGCCCAGAAGCAGCAGGAGUGUGCGGCGCGGCAGGAGGAGAAGGAGGUGGCCGCACACUCACCCAUUCUGGAGGGCAACGUCCCUCCAGACGACGCCGGGGAAGUGAACCUCGUCCACGGGGAGGCUCCCCUGGCCGACGAGGUGGACAGCCCCCUGACUCAGGCCCUGCCCCAGGGUGAGGGUGAGGCCGCACACUCCCACCCUCUGGAGGGCAACGUCCCUCCAGACGACGCCGGGGAAGUGAACCUCGUCCACGGGGAGGCUCCCCUGGCCGACGAGGUGGACAGCCCCCUGACUCAGGCCCUGCCCCAGGGUGAGGGUGAGGCCGCACACUCCCACCCUCUGGAGGGCAACGUCCCUCCAGACGACGCCGGGGAGGCCCCCCUGGCCGACGAGGUGGACAGCCCCCUGACUCAGGCCCCGCCCCAGGGUGAGGCCCCUCAGGGUGACGCUGUCACCGAGGAUGGUGCCCUGGGAGAGGACAUUCCUCGCCAGGGUGAGGUCCCUCAGGGUGACGCUGUCACCGAGGAUGGUGCCCUGGGAGAGGACACCCCUCGCCAGGGUGAGGUCCCUCAGGGUGACGCUGUCACCGAGGAUGGUGCCCUGGGAGAGGACACCCCUCGCCAGGAUGAGGUCCCUCAGGGUGACGCUGUCACCGAGGACGGUGCCCUGGGAGAGGACACCCCUCGUCAGGGUGAGGUCCCUCAGGGUGACGCUGUCACCGAGGAUGGUGCCCUGGGGGAGGACACCCCUCGCCAGGGUGAGGCCGCCCAGGGCACCGAGGGCCCCAGCGAGGACCCUCAGAGCGGCGCCGCUACCGAUGAAGGGGUCGUCGCCGAGGAGGCCCACGCACCUCUGGGUGUGGAGGUCCUUCUGGCGACACUCUGCAUGUACCUCUGGAGGCACUUCUAAAUGCCCUCUGGAGGCGGAGGCCCCAGAGGAAGCUGUGCCCUCCGCCAGGGUAUGGCUUCCCCUGGGAUCCCCUCCACCCCCGGCGGGCCCGAAGAAGGUGCCGUCCAGGGACUGCUGGCAGGAGGCCGCCGCCCCGCCGCCGCCACCCUGUCCGUCACAGGGCAGCGCGCGGCGGACAGUUGGGGAGCCUCGCCGCCCACACGCCCACUCCCUGGAGAGGGUGACGGUGGCGCGGGUCACCUACAGAUGCGUUUCUUACUUGUUUCUCACUCUCUU